GGUUAUUCUACAUAAUAAGGAACAUAAAAUUAUAAAAAUAAUCAUAUUUCUUAAAAUAUACAUCCUAAAAAUUAUAAAAUUCCAUUUAAAUCUGAUUUAACUUUAACAAGCAUAGGAUUUGGUUCUUAUUAAGGAAUACCAGAAUAAGAAGAUGAUAUUAAAGUUAUUUUUUUAUAGUAUAUUUAUAUAUAUAUAUAAAAAUAGAUGUUUAAUGCAUUAAUUAAUAGUUUAAAAUCAGGUAGUAUAAAUGUAAUUGAUACUGCAAUAAAUUACAGAUAUUAAAAAUCUGAAAGAAGUAUAGGAGCGGCUUUAUAGUAUUUACAUAACGUCGAAAAAAUAGGCAGAGAUGAGUAUUUUUUAUGCUCAAAAGGCGGUUUUUUACCAGAAGAUGCUGAUUAGGGAAUUCCUAGUUAAGUAUUAGUAAAUGAACUAAUAAAUAAAGGAAAAAUAAAAUAAGAUGAUAUUGUUGGAAAUUGCCAUUGUAUGCAUCCAAAUUAUUUAGAGGAAGUUUUAGAAAAAAGUUUAGAUAAUUUAGGAGUUGAAUGUCUAGAUUUAUAUUAUUUACAUAAUACUUCUGAAGUACAAAUGCCUGUUUUAGGCGAAAAGGUAUAUUGGAAAAAAUUACAAUAAGCUUUUGAGUUUUUAGAAAGAUAAAUAUAGUUAAAAAAAAUAAAAAAUUACGGAAUAGCAACUUGGUUGGCUUUUAGAUCUCCUCCAAACGAAGAAAAAAUUCAUUUAAGCUUAGAAAAAGUAGUAUAAUUAGCUGAAAAAAUUGGAGGAAAAAAUAACGGAUUUAAAUUUAUAUAAUUACCUAUUAAUAUUAUGAUGGCUGAAUGUUUUUCUGAGAAAUGGUAGAAAUUUUAAAAUUAAGAUUUACAAUUAUUAAGAGUUGCUAGAGAAUUAGAAAUUAAUGUUAUUGUAAGUUCGACUUUGAUGGGUGGCAAACUAUUUUAAUCUCCCUUAUAAGGAGAUAUCUUUAAAUAAUGUAAAAGUAAUGCCACUAGGCAUUUAUAAUUAAUUAGAUCAAUACCAUCCACUUCUAUAUGCAGUGCAUUAGUUGGACAUAAAAGUUAUAAAAAUGUAAUGGAUAAUUUAGAAUUAGGAAAAAUACCUUUAUUAACAGAAGAUGAAUUUUGGGAUUAUUUAUUACCACUAGAAGAAGAAGAUAUAUAAUAAAAAUGA